UUCACAUUUGAUACGUGUGAGUGUAUUUAUCUCAUGCAGACAAACUAAGUUUCAUUUUACGUUAUAUAUCAUAACAUUUAUAUCAUAACAAAGUGACAAGUUUGUUGGCAUUAAACAACAACUAAACAUGAAGUAUUUAAACUUCAUAUGCACAAUUUUUUGUUGCAUCUUAUACGGUGUUUUGUCAAAAAGUGUCACUGAUAAAAAGUGUCAUUUACUGGAAAUACCACUGCAAAAGGAUUUUGACAUAAGCAGGUUUGAAGGACUGUGGUAUGCCAGUCACAAAACCGGGAUAAAAGACUCGAUCCUUUCGUACUUCACAGAAAUUUACGAUGGACGGAUUCAUUUCAAGUCUAACAUCGCUGGCGGAUUUGAUUUAAAAGCAGCGGGGUCGAAGUUUUACGGCGGCUGGUGUCCAAAGGGCAAAGGCAAUGCUGCGGUCAAGGAUGAAAAGGCCCCUGAGAAAAUGACCAUGUAUUUUGACACCAGUAUCGGGCGCAAGAUUGGCAUGAAACCUGCAUGGGUUCUUAAGACUGAUUACAAGAACUAUGCCGUGUUCUAUUCGUGUUGGAAGGAGCUACAAAAUGGCAAAUGUGAUUCCGACAAAACAUACGCCUUUGUGACCACGAGGAGUACCAAGCCUCUGUCUAAACAGAAGCUCGGCGAGGUGGAACAGGCGCUUGCUAGCGCAUGCGUAGACAUCAGUGACCUUACUCCAGUGAAGCAUUAUGGGUACUGUCAAGAAAAAGAUGGAUUAUAAUGGUUGUGGAUUACUUCAGCCUAUACACGCAGCUACAAACAUAGUUUUGUUAUAGCAUAAUAUUCUAGGACAUUGAUUUGAUCCGACAUGAAUGCUUUAAUCAACUACUCUUUAAUUCAAUGUGCUAUUAUUGUUAAAAAAUUGUCAUUCAUUCCAAUGUCACAUGCGAUUACAAAUACUGUAGCACAAUUAUUGAAAUGCUAGAGAAUGGGAAAGAUUUACAUUAUCAUAUUGUUUCGGUUUCUUCAGUCAAAUUAUAUAUAGGAAUAUGCAUACAGCACCAUCAUGCAAUAUUAUAUCAUUAUACAUUGUAUGAACAUUUUUUGUAAUAACAUAAACAAACAACA